UGACGGUCUUUGGAGAAAGUUUCGACGAAAUUUUCGGAUGUUCCGCGACAGAAUUUCACAAUUUCAAGAAUCAGUCGUUGUUGGAUAUGAACUCAAUGGAAUUUGGUUAUCUUGUGUUCAACUCGUUGGACUGGAUUCUAUCAGGCGAAAUAUUCAUGUUAACAUUUUCAGAAGUACAGUGGGCAAAGAUAAAAAGCUUAAGUGAUCAAAGCAAUUCGAACGAAGAUUCAUCGAUAAUCGCUUCUCGCAUUCGGCCGAUGGUGAGAUUAGGUUUGACGGUCGUUGACUAUAUCAGAAAUUUCAAUAACAGCUACGAAGACAAAACGAAAAUUCUUGAUCAAAAAGAAGAUGAUGGGCUAUCGGGAGAAAUUGAUGGAGAAUCAGUAGAAGUGUUGCCGGAAAAUUCGCAUGAAUUAACCUUGGAAGAAAUCAGGGAAUCAGAGGAACGGGAUCUUUUGUCUCGUGAAAAAGAUUCCAAUGAGUUGGGAGUUGAAACGUCAAUUAGAACUUCUGUUAAUUCCGAAGAUCAUUUCGAUUUAGAUUUGUUUCGCAACCAAAAUUACCUUACUUCUCGAGAGACAUCUCGAAACUGGAGUCGAGAAGAGAACUUUGAGAAUCUCUCGGGACAGGAUUUAAUUCUUAAUUCGGAAAGUAGUAGCUUUUUGUCCUUUAAUGAUGUCAAUUUGUCCUUCGGCAAUCGUCCUUCGUUUACUAGAAUCAGCUACAAUUCUUUUGAUAAGCACGGUGAUAUCUUUAACGAAAAUUCUAGUGAUUACUCUUAUGAAAACUCAUUAAAUUCUGUAGUUGGAAAUAUAGAAAAAAUGUCUGUUUAG